AUGAAUGCUCCAGCUGAGAGCAUCGGCGUGGCCCAGCAAAAAGCUUGCAAUAAGACGUAUUAUGGUGUGGCCGGUCGCACAUACGAGCUGGAAGUUCCUCGGCCGCAAGAUGACGAACUGCCGUUCAUAUGUCAUCUCAACUUCACGGCCCUGGGAGGAGCCAUGGGCGAUUUCAUUCAAUUGACAUUUGACACGUUUACCGUUGGCCGUUUUGCCGGUCUGGGAGCAGACGGCUGCCCAGACGGCCACAUGUCAGUCGCCGAGGAGGGUCGGCCCGAGUCCGGGGGCCGAUGGUGCGGCGCUGCUUGGGGGUACACGGUGUACUAUAGUGAGACGCCGUCAGUCAACGUGACAUUGCGCCUGGACAGACUAGCCCAACAGGGCGUCGGAUAUAACUUUGAUCUAAAGUUAUCUUACAAGUUGUUGCGUAAGGAUGACAUACGACUUCGCAACGAAGGUGGAGCUUGGACCGGCGAAUUGGUUCCGGGCACUUACUGUUCGAGAGAACUGCACGAUUGCGACAUAAGACCAUGCCGCAUAAGGUCGCCGAACUAUCCGGGCGUUUACCCGCGCAACCUGACUUGCACGUACCGAGUGAGACAGCGCGCGCCGCCGCCCGGAGCGCACGCCAUGCUCGCAGUACGACAGCCGGAUGGUCAUAAGCUGCAUAUCAAGGAACAGGCGCCGCACUAUGAACGGGGGCAGAGAUUGCUCAGAAAUUGGGAACAAUGCGAUCCGGCACAAGAUCAAUUAUCGAUACGUGACGGCCUGGAGUCCUCGUCUCCGGAACUUGCUCGGUUGUGCGGCGGCGGCGGUGACGCAUUUCCGGACGUCGUCACCAGCGGACCGGAAAUGCUGCUCGAGUUCAGGACGUCGCCGAGCGACAGCCCAUUUCAUCCGGUGCCCGUCACCUAUUUGCCCGGAUUCGAGCUCGAAGUUCAGGUAAUAUUUGUGAACACGCAAUCACACAGUUAUGUGCGUAAUCCAGGACACUGUGAGUUUAUUAUAAGUGCCUUUGAGGGUUCUUCAGGAAUUAUAGAAAAUCCUAGACAUUCACUACCACCUCAAACCGCUUGUCGAUACUAUUUUCAGGGUAGACAUCAUGAGGUUGUGUGGUUAUCGUUUGUAAAGUAUCAUGCAGCUCCUGAUCCUGCCACUUUUGGACCGCCAACGGAGUGUUUUGCUCAACUUAAAAUUUGGGAUGGUAGAGCAUCCCUUGGUAAAGAUACUAAUUCGGAGUCUACAGAUUCACAGAAUGUAUAUAAACAAAAUGCAACUCUAUUGGGUGAAAUAUGUAAAGAAGAAACUCCGAAACUUUGUCCUAGAAGCUUGAUUUCAAAAGGUGCUCGGCCAUGCUCUCCUACAGAGAGUUACUUGUCAUCAGGGUCUGAUAUGACUCUAGAAUACCGUGUUGGUAGAAGUGGUCCUGCUCCAAUAUUCAAACUACGAUAUGAGUUUGUAGACAUUUAUAUGGGAGGUGCUGUAAUAACAAGUGAUCCAUCAUCCCAUUCUUCAGCUCUGCUAUCACAACCUUCACCUCUUUAUCAAAUGGCAGAGUCACCAGUGACAUCAAUAAUUUCACCUUCGUGUAAUAGAGUUUUUAGGUCUACAGCCGGAAGCAGAGGAGUAUUUAAAUCACCUCAAAAUGUUUUUCUUUAUGGAAGAGGAGGUGCACAAAAUUUAAGUUGCAUAAUGAGAUUUGAAGGGGAUCCUGGUGAAAGCAUAAGAUUAACUAUAGCACACGCCUCAUUUGGCGGUCGAACUUGUGUGAACUACCACGAUGUAAAAUCAGGUCGUUGGCAUUGUAAUUACAGACAUAGUCAUACUGCUGAUGUUAGAAUAUUGGAAAUACCUUGGGAUGGUGUAGCUAUACAAAGAGACUGCAUAUGCUCUAAUGAAACACUGCCAAUAAUUAUAUCCCCUUUGGCUUCCCAUACUUUAGAACUGCAUUUCAAGGUUCUUAUGAUGGGUGUUGAACAAGAUUUCAAAGAUUUUUCAUAUGAAGGUACAUAUGAGUUUCUUAGCGAUGGCUGUGAUACAGAUUGGGAUGAGAGAAAAUUGAAAGGAAUAAGCGGAAACCUGGAAGUGAGAUUACCACAAUGUCCACCUAUUGCUCAACCCUGGCUAAUUGAACCAGAACUCAAUGCUAGUCAUCUUGUUUUAAAACUUAAUGGAUUCUGGUUGCCUGUGAAACCACCAAUGGAGUGUCCAGUGCAUACACGAAUAGUUGUUUAUCCUGCUGCAAAUCCUUCAACUUACCGAGAACUUUGUCCAUUUGGCUCAGAAGUAGCUGUGUUUUCAGAGGGAUUGAGAGCUCAUAAUAUAUUAGGUCCCCCUCAUUUGACUCAUUCAAGAAGUUUAAUCGUAGAAAUUAGGCAGUCCAAUGCUCAUGUAUUGACAAACUAUAGAAUAUCAUGGAUUGAAGUAAUCGGUGGUCCAGAUCACUUGCAUGAUUGUGCUUACAGGUGCCCAGAGUUAGAAGCAUGCCUUCCAGCUUCCCUUUGGUGUGACGGUGCCGUGCAUUGUCCGUCUGGCCACGACGAGUCGCCAAUAGUCUGCCACACUCCAUCGCCUUUGAAACCAUUAUAUGUCGGCCUAGUAGCAGCUGCAUUUACAAUUUUGUUAGCAACAAUAGCAGGAUUAACAGCAUGUGCAAAACGUAUAAGAAAUGAGAAGAAGAGCAGUCACUUGCACAGUAAUGGUGCACAAUAUCCAGUUCACACACAUCAAUUGCCUUUGCCCAUUCAUAACACACAUCUAAUGAAUCACACUGCGCACCAUUCUCAUACUAGGCAGCUAUCAGAUGAUCUAUACUAUGAUGGUAAAGAUAGUUUCUGUUGACAAGAAAUGGAAACAGCUGUAUAAUAGUGAUAUUUUUAUACGAUAAUAGUAUAAAACACAUUUUGGAAUUUGUGAAUGCAGUGUCUGUUAUGACUGUGCUGCAGCCUUAUUACAUUGGCAUCAUAGCUCAAUGAAUGACUUCUAUUGUUCUAAUGACUGUUGUCAAUAUUUGUAUUCACGAUGUGGUAAGUUUUUUUAUGAAAUUGUAUAUAUGUAGAAAAUGACACCUAUUUAUUUUAUUUAGUAAUAAUAAUGUAUUAAUAAAAAUGUUAUUGUGUGAGCAUGUAUGACACUUGCUCAAAUUAUUUUAAACUUAUCUAAUAUGAAUUUUACAUGA